AAACAAGUAUUACUUCAUGAUAGCCAACAUGUAAAGAUCUAUCUAUCUAUAUUAUAUCGCAGUUAUACAUAUGAUUUUCAUUCUUAGGUUACCUUUAUUUAUGAAAAUGGUGGGAAUCUCUUUAAUUUGCGGAAUCGCCAGAAAGUAAUAAAAAAAAAACAUGAUUUUCGAUUCUUUGAGAUAAUAAUACUUUCAAUUUGGCUUGAAUAUUUAAAAAAUUAGACAUAAAAUAAAAGAUUAUUAGUAAAACGUUUUUAAGCAUUUAAUUCAGAAUGGAGUGUAAUAUUGAUGAUUUACCAGAUGUUGUACUAGAAUACAUUUUAAGUUUAAUUCCACCAUAUAAAAAUCUUCAGGAAUGUAAACUUGUAUCCAAAAGAUGGUUCCGUGCUACCAAAAAUGUAAUACAACACAAUAAAGCACAUUUUCAUAAGUCUGUAGCUUAUGGAUCAUUGCUUUGGAGUCCAUGGCCGUCCAAGCAUUGGAUGCCUACUAUUGCAAAAAGACAUUCGCAUUCUGCUUGUACAUAUGAAAAUUCCAUGUAUGUAUUUGGUGGAUGUACUGCAACAUGUACAACAUUCAAUGAUUUAUGGAGAUUGGAUUUGGAUACACGAAAAUGGAUCAGAUUAAUUACAAUGGGAACAUAUCCAUCUCCUAAAGCUUGUGCUACUAUGUUAUAUUAUAAAAAAAGUUUCAUUUUAUUUGGAGGAUGGUCUCAUCCAGCAUUAUAUUCUGUACAUCAGCAAUCAAAAUUAUUCAAUGAAUUACAUGUAUAUUCUAUAGAAUCCAAUAAAUGGAUUGCUAUAAAUACCUUGGAAACACCUCCACCCACUUCAGCACAUUCUGCUUCAAUUCAUAAAAAUUAUAUGAUUGUUUUUGGUGGUAUAUGCAAUGGAUAUAGAUCCAAUGACGUAUGGUGUUUGAAUCUGGAUUCUUAUAGUUGGCAUAAGCAACCUACUUCAAAUUUAAAACCACAACCACGUUAUGGUCAAUCUCAAAUAGAGCUUGGAGAUAAGCAUCUUCUUGUGUUAGGAGGCUGCACUGGACCUAAUGUUGCUAUGAAUGAUGCCUGGUUACUAAAAAUGGAAGGUGCAGUAUGGACAUGGAAAAAAGUAAAUAUGCACAAUACAGAAUGGGCUCCAACACGCAUUUGGUGUCAUCAAGCUUGUAAGGUGGGAAAUCAUAUUAUUGUUCUUAGCAUUAAUAAAUGUCAGAAUAAGCCAAAUGAUAUGAGUAUAUCGCUCAAAAAGGUCACUUGUCAAGCAGCAUCUUCAACGAGAACAAAUAAUUCAUCUCCAUUACAUGGAAGACAAGGAAGUGUAUCUCAUAUUGAUAGAGAUGUAAACAUUAAUGGACGACAUGGAUCGUUUUCCGAAAUAUCUAUACAAAAUCCACGCCCUCCGCAUCAUCCUCCUAAUUUUACAAAGAAUUUAACAUUAUGUUAUGAUAAUAUGUUAAGUAUGACGGCUUUUCGUAAUGAACCAGUGCGUUAUGACAUUAAUAGUCAUCGACAACGACAAUUAGAAUCUCUUCGUAGAAUGGAAGAAAGUAUUAGAAAUCGAAGAGCACAAUCGAAGCCUGCAAAAAAGACAAAAAAUACUUUGUCCAUAUUUGUAUUAGACAUUACGAAUGUCUUAUGCGAAGAAUGUAGUGCUUCGUGGAUUCCUUUAAAACAUAAUGAUCAAUCGGGUCCCAAUGAAAGAAUACUUUAUUCGCUCGUAGCUGGUCGCGGUGAAUUAAUAGUAUUUGGAGGUAUUGGCAAAGAACAAGCAUCUAUACAAAAUCAUCCUGAUAUGGAUGAGCCUGAAGUUUAUAAUGAUCUCCAUUUUAUAAACCCACCAAGAUAUGUUAUUUAAUAUCUUGUAGCAACAAAUAAUACAUUUCUAUAUUUAAUUAA